AUUCGCGUCUCGACCAUUGCAAGAGAAUGUACAUGUUCGAUGAUCACUAUCAUAAGCUUAAUCAAAUUUUUUUGAGAAUUCUUGGUUUGUGGCCUUAUGGAAAAACCAAAUAUGAUCAUUUUCGUGCAACGUGUUUCUUCAUAAUACUCGUUUCCCAUACGUUUGUUCAGUUAGCACAACUUCUUAUAGCCGAUUUUAGUAUAAUUGUUAUUAUCAGGAUUUUAUCGGAGUUUCUUCCGAUUUUAAUGUGUCUUGUAAAGUUUAACAUGUUUUUCUUGGAAACCAAGAAACUAAAACAGAUAUUGAAAGAAAUGACUAAUAAUCGACGGAUAUUGACAGAGGCGCAGGAAAUUGAAAUAAUAGAACAUUACGCUAAUCAAGGGAGAAUCUUUACAAUUAUUUAUACAUUGCUGAUGACAUUUAUUUUAUAUAUAUUGGCAACAAUAGAAUUGUUUCCGAGUAUCCUUGAUUGUUUCUGGCCACUGAACGAAUCACGUACACAUAAUAUGUUGUUCCUGACUCAAUACCAUAUAAGUGAAGGAAUACAGUAUUAUUCUUGUUUCUUGUAUUUUAGUAUAAGCGUUAGUAUUGGUUGUUUUUCAGUAAUAUGCAUCACUACCAUGUUUACAGUGGCUAUGUUACACUGCUGUGCAAUAUUCAAAAUUUGCAGUUAUCGAAUAAAACAAUCUGUGGACGAGAAAAUAAUAAUGUGCUCUAAUAAGAGAAAUGUAAUCGUCAAAAGAAUAAUUAGAACAAUAGAGCUUCAUCAAAAUGCAAAGAGACUUUUUAAAUUGUGCAUACCAAAUUUUGGGAUAUAUUUUUUUAUUAUGGUGGUGGUAGGCACCUGUUCCUGCGUUGCAAAUUUAUACAGAUUACUGUACUCAAUAAUAUGCAUGGAUAACUUCCCUGAAAUUAUGCUGGCAUUAGGUUAUAUUAUUACACAUGAGAUUUAUCUCGUUGCAACUACUUACAUGGGACAAAACUUAGUAAAUCAUGCUGACGAAUUAUUUAACGCAAUAUAUAUGUCAUUAUGGUACAAAGCACCUGUAACAAUACAGAAAUUAUUAUUAUUUAUGAUGCAAGUAGCCUCAAAAAGUGUGGUACCGAAGGUUGGCGGUAUAUACUGUUCAGUAAUGGAAAGCUUUACUACGGUUAUGAGCACGGUAAUAUCUUACAUGAUGGUACUUUACUCCGUAAAUUCAUAAUUUUACAACCUAACGUAGAAAAAGUAGUUACUCGUAGUAACAUACACGUAAAAAAAAUUUUUUAUGGUAAAAUAAAAUAGAAAGAAAUUUGAUGAAAUAACAUAAUAUUCUUCGUUAUUUAUUCAUCAAUAAAUUUUGUUUCAAUAUAUAUCGCUGUUUUACUCAAUUUUAAAUAUAAAUUUUAAAGAUUUUGCACAUAAUAAAUUCUAUUUACUAAUUUAUAAUUUGAAUAAUAUAAUCGAUAAUCCUAUUAUGACUUCGAAAUAUAUUUAAAUUAAGAAAGUGUCAAUGGAAAGCGAAUUUAUUGAAUUAUUAAGCGUAAUUAUGAGUAUUUUCUCUUUGUAUGUAGAUGUGUUUUUUUAUCAAUAUUAUUUAUUUUGCAAGUAAUUAAUUAUUAAAUAAAUUAAUUUGAGAUUUUUAAUUUGAAGAAUAUAAAUAUUGAUAAUUAUAUUAAUUAAAAAAUUAAAGGAUGACUAACAUCGAUACACUACAUUAUUCGCGAUACACAAGCGGCAGGUAGACUAAAUUAACAAUAAGUCAAAAAGUCAUGUAUCAUUUUGCGCUUUUCGUAAUAGUUAACGGGUUAUUAAUUUAUAAAGAUAAUCGAAUUUGUGUGAUUUUUCGCCAAAUUUAAGCACACAGCGAAAUGCGGCCGCUCAGCAAUCAAGGCACGCGAAAAUUAUUGUUCUAAGAGACAUUGCAGGAGCGAAACAUACAGCAUUACGACUGUAUCUAACAUCUUAUUGUUAGAGAGAGAAGAGAAAGAUUCUUGUUAUUACCAAACGCAUACACGGUUUGACGUUCGUAAAAAAAAUAAUCGUGUUUGAGAGUUGGUACUAUAAUGUUAAUCGAAUUCUUUUACUGAUAUGUAGUUUGUGGCCUUAUCAAAAAACGAAAUUCCAGUACGUAUGAACCAUAUUUAUAUUAGAAAUACUUGCCUUUUUUAUUAUUGAUCAGAUGCACGUUAAUUUGACCAAAAGACAAUAUUUUAAAGUUAUAAUUAUAAUUAAUAUAAUUAUACUUAUAAUUAUGAUGCUUAAGUGAUUCACAGAUAGAUAAUUUAUUCACAAAUAGAUUUCUUUACUAUUUUAAAGGUUUGCGCAAGGUGCUUUAGACAGCUUUAAAGAAUCUUACUUCUUUCUGCUUGGAAUAGGUGUAGUGUCAUUAGCCAUUAAUUUAUUACAUGUGAGUAACACGUAAUUGCGCCUUACGUGCGCAAUUAAUUGUGGUUAACCCAUUAAUUUUAUAACUUUCACAAAUUUAUAUAUAUAUAUAUAUUUUUUUUUAUUUUAACGCGUUAAUUUUAGGCGCUACAAGCUGUAUUAAUUGUAAAUCACUUGAAUGAACUGCCAGUAUCUACUUUAUAUGUCAUUAUUUAUUUUUUUUACAUUUUUAUACGCAAUUAUGGCGGGCAAACAAUUACGGAUCUUAGCGUUGAUGUAUUAAAAGCGUUGUAAGUAUACAGUGAUUACAAAAUUUUGCAUAAUCUGUAUAUUUAAUAAUAAUCAAUUAAUAUUAUUAAAACCAAAUUUAGUAAUAAAAGCUAUAUUUUAACUACGUAAAAAGAGAGAAUAGUUUAUAUUGCAAACAAAUUUUUAGAUAUUACGUGCAACGGUAUACGGCACUCCUACGGGUACAAAAAUUAAUUCUUUUCUUAAUGUUAAAAAUUACAAAACAAUUUGGUAUAAUCAUUGGAGGAAUAUAUGUUGCUGCAUUAGAAGAUUUUAUUAUGGUGAGAAAAUUCAUAAAUCAACAAAAAUCAGUAUAUUUAGUUAAUUAUGUUAAAGCGAUUUUGCGUAUUGCACAUCCCCUUAAAUUCAUAAUUAUUACUAGUCUUUGUGCGUUACAAUUUUAUGUUUUAAGAAAUAAAUUUAAUUUUAAAAAUCAAUGUAUAAAUAUAAAUAAUAAUAUAUAAUAAAAAAUAUUAUCAUGAUUUUAGCUUACAAGUAUGUCAUUAUCUUAUUUUAUGGUA